AUGCUCGCCGCACGCACCUCGCGAGAGACAAGAACAGACGGGCCUCCGCGCCGUGCGCUAGACAAGGACAACUGCGGAGUGGCGUCUCGUCAACUCCCGAUUCUCCAGUUGCUCGUCGACUUUACCGGGACGCGCUGCUUUGACUACGCGAAGCGGGAGUUUUUCCUUACGGGGCAGCUCCGGAAAAGCUCCGAUCGACGGGACGCGGAGAGUGUGAGACUCUUUCGUUGCGGGAAACUUGGCGGAAAAUGAAAACGACAACCGCAUCUGUUGUGAGGGAUGUUCUGGCUUGUAUUUUCUACAUCGCAGGUAAGGAGAUU